AUGCCUACUGAUAAUACUGAUGAGUGGUGUGACAGUGACCUGGCGGACGUUUCUAAUCAGUUCGAGCAGCUCAUUGUUUCCGAUUCAUUACCCAACCUCCCUCCUUCCGAGGAAUUAUUUCGUUUAAUGAACCCUCAGGAGAUACAGAGUCUCAAGGACACGACCUUCCAUAAUUUUCAGAGGAAACGCAAUCCCCUGGACACACCCUUCGAUCCUGUGGAACGUACGGAUGAAACAACUUUGGAUCAGUUAAUCAUCCGUUGUCUCCAUAUUGUGGAAGUUCUAAAUGUUGAUAGAACAUGUGUUGUGCCCAAGCGUGUUUUAAACUUUCACUGGAACUUUAGAAAUGGGCAAUGGUCUCCUCUAGGUACAUACCUUGCGACAAUAGAACCAGACGGGGUAGUUAUUUGGGAUAUCUCUGAUACCUGCCGUAAACGACGUCUCAUGUCUUAUCGUCACUCUUCGGUAGACCAAGUUGAUUUCUCUCCCGGCGAGAAAUACUUGGUAACGUACAAACGACCUGAGCCAAGCAACCCUAGUGAACUCGUAUUAAAAAUAUUUGAAGUGCAAACUGGCGAAUUUUUGAUGGGAGGUGGUGGUGGUUCUGCUGGCGUCUCAUGGCCUCUGAUCAGAUGGGCUGGUGGAAAAGAUGAUAAAUACUUUGCCACCUUCAGCAAAAACACUGUUUCUGUGUAUGAUACUGACUGUUUCAGCUCAUUAGACUUUAGGCCGGUAAUAAUCUUUGAUGAUCAUGUUGUGGAGAUGAGUUGGUCUCCUACUGAUUCCAUCCUUGCUCUGAUCAAAGGUGAUGGGAAAAAACAGUCUUCCAAGGUUGUGCUUGUGGAAAUCCCUAGCAAGGUGGAGCUGAGGCACAAGAAUCUUUUCAGUGUUGAGGAAUGCAAGUUGUACUGGCAGAGCAAUGGAGAGUAUCUUGCUGUCAAAGUCGACAUUGGAUUUAAGCUUUUGAGGAUCAAAGAUGGAGGAGGAGAUGUUCUCAAUGAGAAGAAGAUGCAUGCUUUCGCAUGGGAACCCAAUGGCGACAGGUUUGCUGUUAUUCACGGUGAUCAUCCACCAGAUGUGAGUUUCUACUCCAUGAAAGGAGGAAAGUUGUCAAAGCUAAUCUCUUUGACAGCCAGCGAAGUGGAUGCUCUCUUCUGGUCACCCAGAGGGAAGUACAUAGUACUCUCUGGGUUGAAGAGCUUCAAUGGGAAGCUCACGUUCUUCAACUUAGAUACCUUGCAGAUCAUGGCAACGGAUAUACAUGUCAAAGCCACCAAUGUUGCCUGGAAUGCUACGGGAAACUUUGUGACUACCGCUUUGAUAACCGAUACUAUUGAUUAUGAUGAGUUGAAGACACCUGAGAAUGGCUUUAAAAUGUGGGCUUUCGACGGUGAGCGUCUUCAUUGGUUACAAAGAGAUUCCCAUCUCUUACAACUCGAUUGGCGCCCAUAUGGAGGAAACAUAGACGAGCUGAUUGAGAAUCCAUUACGAGAAGAGAUUCCCAUGGACAAGUCCUUCGAUCCAGAACUGUGGCGUACUGAUGAAACAGCCCUAUUUCAAUUAGUCAUCCGCUGUGGCUAUGUUGCUGAAAUUCUACAGAACGAAGGAACAGAUGUGGUGGUGCCUGAAGAUGUUUUUAAGCUUUCGUGGAACGACAUGAAUGUGAAGUGGUCUCCAUUAGGUACAUACAUUGCGACACUGACCAAGCAUGGAGUAGUUGCUUGGGGUGGAGCUGAUACCACCUUUAAUCGUCUCAUGUAUUUUAUGCAUUCUAUGGUAGAAGAAGUUGAUUUCUCUCCAGGUGAAAAAUACUUGGUAACCUACAGAAGAUCAGGGCCAAGUAACCCAAGUGAAGUCGACUUCAAACUUUUUGAAGUGACAAGUGGGAGGUUGUUGUUAAAAGGAAGAGGUGAUGACGCCUCAGGGCCUGUGAUUGGAUGGGGUGGUGGAAAAGAUGAUAAAUAUUUUUUCAUGUUGAGCAAAAAAACUGUAUCUGUUUAUGAUACUGCUAGCUUAACGAAUGUCUCUGAAACAGACAGUUUAUGCCUGUCAGACAUGAAGCCAAUAUUGAAUGUUGAUCAUGUUGUUGGCAUGUCUUGGUCUCCUACGGACUCCAUUCUUGCAAUGAUAAAAGGGGAUGGGAAACAACAGUCUCCCAAGGUUGCUCUUGUGGUAAUAAUCCCUAACGAUGUGAAGCUGAGGCAUAAGACUAUUUUCAGUGUUACCGAGUGCAAGAUGUACUGGCAGGGCGAUGGAGAGUAUCUCGCUAUCAAAGUUGACUCUGGAUUUGAACUUUUCCGCAUCAAAGAUGGAGGUGAUACUCCCAUGGACCUUCUUAAGGUUGACAACAUGCUUGAUUUCGCAUGGGAGCCCAAUGGUGACAGGUUCGCCGUGAUUCACGGUGACCAACCAAAGCCAGAUGUGAGCAUCUACUCUAUGAAGACAGCCGAGAACCUUGGAAAGGUUUCAAAGCUAAUCACUUUGGAGGCUAAGGAAGCCGAUGCCCUGUUUUGGUCGCCCAGAGGCAUGCACAUCGUUUUAGCUGGAUUGAAGAGGUUCAGUGGCAGUCUUGAGUUUUUUAGCGUCGAUGCUAUGGAGACUUUGGGAACCGCUAUACACUUGAAGGCCACCGACGUCGCAUGGGACCCAACUGGAAGGUAUGUAUCAACCGCAUUUAUAGCCCAGGAUAUGGAGGAAGAGCCUGAGGAGGAGCAUGAAAAGGGGUUUAAGAUGUGGAACUUUAAGGGAGAGUUUCUGUACUGGUCACAUAGAGACCACUGUCUCUUACAGUUGGAAUGGCGCCCAUACGGAGGAAGCAUAGACGAGGCUUUGAAGCAUCCUGAAAAAACGAGCCUAAGUAGAGUGUGGACUAGGGCGAUUAAGGCCUGA